GAUUUAAAAAAAAAAUAGUAGUAGUCCACAGGCCAGAAUAUGAAACCUUCUAAAUCUUGAUCUUUCUGUCCAGAUAGAUUUAAAAAAAAAAAAAAACCUCAAAGAAAUCUUUGAGUUUAUUGAACAUGUGAAAUUCUGGUUUUCCAUUAUCACAGUGAGCCAUGACAAAACUUGGACAAGUGCAUUCUCUUUACUCCCUCUCUUUGGAGGAUUUUACACAAGCAGAGUUUUUCAUGAAAGUAGGCUUUGUUAAUUGUGAUUUGUGCAAACUGGUCAGUAAGAACAUGCCUAGUUAGACUUUGGCUUAUUCUUGCUGAUGAGUAGGAACAUUACUGGGAAUUAAAUUUAAAAAUUGAAACUGUCCCUUUACAUUCAGGAAAAAGGAAGAGUAUAUGAAUGAGAGAAGUGUGGAGACCUAAACAUUGCUGUCAUAAAUCCUCACUCCUGUUAUGUCUCACAACUCAGCUCUUGUGACUCAUACUGUUGCUCAUAGUUAGAGUUUUUAUUUGCUUUCAAAUUGAAUAACCUCAUAUCAUACUUAUCUCUACAGAUAAAAAAGGCCAAGAUGCAGGAAUCAGAAGAACAACUAUUAAGGCAAGUGAGCAGCUCGGACAGUAAUGAUCAAAAGCCCGAAUCUUCAAGUCUUGCUUCAAACCUGUCUAUAUCUAAUCAAAUCAUGCCAUGCACUGACUACAUCUCAAGGUCAUCGAAUGACUAUACCUCACAGAUGUAUUCUGCAAAGCCAUAUGCACAUGUCCUGUCUGUACCUGUUUCUGAGACAAUGGCCUCUUAUUCUGGGCAGACUCAAUAUCAAACCCUACCACAGUCCCAGACAUACGCUGUUUAUCCCCAGACAACUCAAGCUUACGGACUACCUCCUUUUGGUGCACUGUGGCCAGGUAUGAAACCUGAGAGUGGUUUAAUUCAGACUCCAUCUCCAAGUCAGCACAGUGUUCUUACCUGCACUACAGGGUUAACCACAAGCCAAUCCAGCCCAGCACAUUAUUCUUACCCUAUUCAAGCUUCAAGUACCAAUGCCAACUCCAUUUCCACUUCCUCACCUGCGGUCAAUAUUUCAGCAGCCACCGCCAGCAUCUCUCAACAGGAGUAUCCUACAUACACCAUCCUUGGCCAAAGUCAGUACCAGCCAUAUUAUCCCAGUUCAAGUUUUGGCGUGAUAGCACCAGCAGACAGCAGCACAGAGACCAACACGUUGACAUCUACCACCUAUCCUUCUGAAAAAUCAAAUGCCAUGGUGCCUACUCAGACGGUGCAGAGACAUUCCUCUGAUGAUCCAUCUACCAGUCCGUCAUUGCCAAGAGCGACUGCAAGUAAACUUGUAGAUGAGCAAUCUAGGAGAAACAUGACUCCAAAAAACAGAGGCAAGAGGAAAGCAGACGCUUCUUCACCGCAGGACAAUGAGCUUGAACGUGUAUUUCUGUGGGACUUGGAUGAGACCAUCAUCAUAUUUCAUUCUCUUCUGACAGGCUCAUAUGCCCAGAAAUAUGGGAAGGAUCCCAGUUUAGUCGUUGGCUUUGGAUUAACAAUGGAAGAAAUGAUUUUUGAAGUGGCUGACACACACUUGUUUUUCAAUGACUUGGAGGAAUGUGAUCAAGUACAUGUAGAAGAUGUUGUAUCAGAUGACAAUGGCCAGGAUUUAAGCAACUACAAUUUUUCCACUGAUGGCUUCAGCGGUUCAGGAAGUAAUGCCAAUCAUGGUUCAACAGGAGUCCAGGGAGGAGUGGAUUGGAUGAGGAAGCUGGCAUUUCGCUACCGGAAAGUACGCGAGGUCUAUGAUAAAUACAAAAACAACGUUGUUGCUCUCCUCAGUCCUGAGAAAAAAGAAGCACUACAGCGAUUAAGAGAAGAUAUAGAAGUGUUAACAGAUUCUUGGUUGGGAACAGCAUUAAAAUCCCUCUUGCUCAUUCAGUCCAGAAAAAAUUGUGUGAAUGUCCUGAUAACCACCACUCAGCUAGUGCCAGCUCUGGCCAAAGUCCUGCUUUAUGGACUUGGGGAAGUGUUCCCCAUUGAGAAUAUUUAUAGUGCUACAAAAAUAGGUAAAGAGAGCUGUUUUGAACGAAUUAUCUCUCGAUUUGGAAAGAAGGUCACCUACGUGGUGAUUGGAGAUGGCCGUGAUGAAGAAUUGGCAGCCAAGCAGCACAACAUGCCGUUCUGGAGAAUCACAAACCAUGCGGAUCUGGUGUCCCUUCACCAGGCCCUCGAAUUAGACUUUCUGUGAGGACCUGGGCACGAAGCAUCUUGGCCCUGCUCCCAACAGUCACCUCGUGGCUUAAACAGGAACCAGUCUGGGGACUUUUUUCUUUCAUCCCAGACAAAGAAAUGCAGCCAAUGGAAGUGUACAGCAGGAGGUUCUUCUCCCCAUCGCUGCUUUCCCGGGAGAGCCGACAAAAGCCUUGGCAAUGCAGCUCUGGUGCUCGAAUGGUUCUCUGUGGGUUUUUAGGGUUUUUUUUUGGCAGAAAAGGGAACUUUGGGAAACUUCCAGGUGCAGAAUCUCCAGCAGCAAAGGCCUUUCUCCCUGUGCAGUCCUCUGUGGUAUUAUACUAAAGAAGAGAAAAGCAGUACAGUUUUGUAGAAUACUUUUGCCCCUUGCAGACUUUUUUCAAGCUGUUAAGUUGGAAAGGAAGACAAAUGGAUUUUUUAAAAAAUUUUCUUUUACGGAAAGGGGUCCAGGCAUGUCUCCUUCCUUGCAAAGCUCAAAAAUAGCACUGUUUAUAUGUGGGGGUGGGGGUGGAGGGGAAAAAUAAUAAAAUAAGGUGUGUUGGAUGAAGGGGAGCUUUCUAUUCUUUCCUAGUAAGCCAGGGACUGAAAAUAUCCAACCAUUCCCUUGAGGCACCAUGGCUUUCCCCCGAUUCUUUUUCCAGCAAAUAUACCCACUUGACUAGCAUAUAAUAUAUAUUUUUAAGUGAGGACAACUCUAGAGUCCAAAUGUCUCCUCUUUUCAGCACCUGCAUAAUUGGGUAACAAGAAAGCUCCUGCUCUUAGAGCCGAGAUGGCAACCCUGCCAGUCCACGACAGGAGUCCCCUUCAGAUGCCCACUUCCCAUGCGCCAAGGAUAGUGUCCUCUUUGUUGUGAUUACUUGCACUGCAAUUUUUCUGAGGCAAGGAUUUGGGUAGAACAAGGUGCCAAGGAGGGGGUGAAGGUGGGCUUACAGCGCUGCAGAACAUUUUUAUUUCAACCCCAGGGCAAAAGAGAUCUCUUCAGCUCCUUUGCAGAAGUUGACGGUGAAGGUAGCAGCCUGCUAAAUGUUUUAACAGUAGGUGCUUCAGUUUUAUUUCCAUUUGACAAUGAUACCUAUUUUUUUUCAGUACUGUAAUCUCAGCUUUGGCUGGAUAGCAACUUUGCAUCCCCCGCAACUUCUAGCUGCCCUCCCCUCCCCAUUUCUUUCGAUUGUCAACCUGGAAGCUGUUGAAAUAGUAAACAGAAAUGGAAGUCACCCUUACGCUACUAAAUGGCAGACCAGAAUAGUGGCUCCUUGUUAGGGUCAUUCCUUUUGAUGUGAAGUGUGUGGUAGACCUUGAUGGGGGCAGAUGGUGGGCAGCAACGUUGUUAGAAAAAAAAGGUUCCCGUUUUCCUUGCUCAAGGAGAUGCCCAGCCUCCUUGUUGCCCGGCGUCUUUUACAAAUCCUUCAAAAGACAGGCCUAGCAGUGUUUUAUUGGAUAAAAAUAUAUUCUCCCUCCCAGAUCCCCCCCACACACCCCAGAUACAGAGUAGAAAGAGCCCCUGUUCUGUUCAGUCGCUUUCCUGCAGGUUUUUAUUUCUCAGCAAAAGCGUGGAAGUCAUUUGCCUCGAGGGAUCCCUGCUUGACUUUGGAAAUAACUCUUGUGCCUUAACUUCUUCCCGGAGUCCUGGAAACGUCAACCGUUCAUUGCGUGGAAAAGAAGAGCCUAAAAGCCUCUUCCGUGUUGAAAGUUAAUCUUUUGAUUCUAUUUUUUUAAGCAAUCUCAGUCAGCAUAGCCAGUGAAUGUUGAGCCCCCAGGAAACUGGUUUAGAGGGGUUUUUUUUCCCCCUAGAAAGAAGCCCCUUGCCAGGUUUUGGAAACACCUUUGACCAUGUGGGAAGCUUUUGGCAUCAGGUUCUGAUCUUUAUUAACACCUCCUCUCCAAUAUCCAUGGCGUGAUUUGUUUCCCUAAACCACUCAGGGCGAUGGUACAUUUUCUUCAUUAACUUUUAUAAAGGCUGAUUCAGCUCUCGCACCACUGACUUUGCUGGCUGUUUUUUCUCUUGGGGCUUCGUAGAAUUUGGAAACCAGUGUGUUGCCACCUUCCUUCCCACUGUUCAGCUUUCAAGCAUGCCUGUUUUUAUUUCCCUAAUGCAAAGAUGGAUGGACAUGCAUCAUCUGAAGUAGGUGGGAAGCUGUCACCUCCCACCAAGUGUGAGAAAUAGGCUGCAGCUGCAAUUGCAUGCCUUAAGCAAAAGUAAAUUACAGUUGCUCCCUCAGGAUCCGGUCAACGUCCUGGUGUCAGCUGCGCUUAUAAUACCAUAGUGAUUGGAGGGCAUUAAAUGGCUAUAUAGAUUUCUUAAACAUCAUGUUCUAUGUAAUGGCAACUGUCCUGUGAACUGGAAAAAAAAUAAAGUCUUUUAUUUUCUA